AUGGGGCUAAGGCUAACCAGCCUUUUGACACUAUGGCUGGCCAUUUGCUAUGCAAAUGAAAUAAGAAAAGGAAGAAAUCCUAGUCAUGGCCACUAUGUCUGCAGUACCUGGGGGAACAACCACUUCAAAACUUUUGAUGGUGAUUUCUACCAGUUUUCUGGUGUCUGUGAAUACAAUUUUGUUUCUGACUGCCGAGAGACUUACAAGGAGUUCUCUGUCCAUAUCCAGCGUGAGCUGAAUGACCAAGGGCACCCUGACAUCCAAUAUGUUCUUGUCACAAUUAAGGAUGUUGCAAUCUACCUCACGCACAAGAUGGUGGUGGUGGAUGGACACAUUGUAAAGACUCCAUAUUACAGUUCUGGUGUCCUCAUUGAGAAGAAUGACAUGUAUAGCAAAGUCUAUGCCAGAGUGGGGCUGAUUUUGAUGUGGAACAGAGAAGAUGCCUUGAUGGUUGAGCUUGACACCAAGUUUAACAACUAUACUUGUGGUCUUUGUGGGGAUUAUAAUGGCCAGCAGAUUUACAGUGAAUUCCUCUCCAAUGGAUUGAGAUACAAUCCAAUCACAUUUGGAAACCUACAGAAGAUCAAUAAGCCCAGUGUUAUAUGUGAAGACCCUGAUGAGACACAAACUGUUGAAUCUUGCAACCAGCAUCGUGAUGAGUGUGAGAAGCUGUUGACUGCUCCAGCUUUUGCGGACUGCCAGUCCCACCUGAAUUUGGAACAGUACAUUCAAGCUUGCAUGCAGGACAGAUGUGCUUGCCAGCAGACUGAGGACUCCUUCUGCAUCUGCAGCACCAUCUCAGAGUUUUCACGCCAGUGCUCCCAUAGUGGUGGCAAACCUCAGAACUGGAGGACAUCACAACUGUGUCCUAAGUCAUGCCCUGAAAACAUGGUCUACCUGGAAAGUGGCUCACCCUGCAUGGACACCUGUUCACACCUGCAGAUCAGCAAACUAUGUGAAGAACACUACAUGGAUGGCUGUUUUUGCCCUGAAGGCACAGUAUAUGAUGACAUCACUGGGAAAGGCUGUGUGACCACAAGCCAAUGUCACUGUAAACUUAAUGGGAAUCUAUUUUCCCCUGGUCAAAGCAUCACUAAAGAGUGUGAAAGCUGCACCUGUCAGUCAGGUAGAUGGGUGUGCCAGGAUUUACCCUGCCCAAGUACUUGUGCAGUGGAGGGAGGAUCUCACAUUACUACCUUUGAUGGGAAGAAAUACACCUUUCAUGGAGAUUGCUACUAUGUGCUGACCAAGAGCAUAAAGAAUGACUCCCAUGUCCUCUUGGGAGAGCUGGGCCCAUGCGGUUCUACCGACAAACAGACAUGCCUAAAGACGGUGGUGCUAUUGAUAGACCACAGGAAAAGCAUUGUAGUUUUCAGAUCAGAUGGUACUGUAUUACUGAAUGAAAUGGAGGUUCACUUGCCUCAUAUAACAGCCAGCUUCUCAGUGUUCCAGCCAUCUUCUUACUACCUUAUUGUGCAGACGAACUUUGGCCUUAGGCUGCAGAUCCAGCUGGUUCCAGUCAUGCAGUUGUUUGCCAUUGUGGAUCAGUCUGCCAUGGGAAUACUCCAAGGUCUUUGUGGGAAUUUCAAUGGAAUAGAAGGAGAUGAUUUCAGAACAUCGAGUGGAUUAGUAGAAGCUACGGGGGCUUCCUUUGGUAACUCUUGGAAAGCACAAGCCAGCUGUAGUGAUAAGCCAGAUGAGUGGGGACACCCUUGCACUCUUAGCCUUGAAAAUGAAAAUUAUGCUGAACACUGGUGCUCUUUUUUGAAAAGUACAGAAACUCCUUUUGCCAGAUGUCACUCAGUCAUUGAUCCAGCAGACUAUUAUAAGCGUUGCAAGUAUGAUACCUGUAACUGUAAUGCCAAUGAAGGAUGUUUGUGUGCUGCCCUAUCCUCUUAUGCCAGAGCCUGUGCCUUCAAAGGGGUCAUGUUGUGGGGCUGGAGAGAUAUUGUCUGCAACAAAGAAGUGUCCUCUUGCCCAGCCAACCAAGUCUUCCGUUACAAUGUGACCACAUGCCAGCAUACCUGCCGUUCCCUUUCCUAUGGUAAUAGGCAUUGCUUGCGAGGCUUCACUCCAGUAGAUGGCUGUGGCUGCCCUGAGAAUACCUACAUGAUGGAGAAAGGCAUCUGUGUGCCAAUUGCUCAGUGCCCAUGUUAUUACAAAGGUUCAUAUGUGGGGCCUGGAGAUGUUGUUAUGAAACAAGAGGGACGCUGUGUUUGCAGAAAUGGAAGAUUUCACUGUUGUUCUAUAUUUUAUUUUACAGAGUGCUCAGCAAAUAAGACAUAUUUUGACUGCAACAACAUUGACUCUUGGUCUUCCCAAACACCAAUACAACUUAGCUGCCAAAUGCUGAGUACUGAUCAGUUCCAGACAGAGUGUAUCUCAGGUUGUGUGUGCCCCAAUGGAUUGAUUGAUGAUGGCAGAGGGGGAUGUGUUGAAGAAGAGGACUGCCCAUGCAUUCAUAACAAAGACUUUUAUUCCCCUGGACAAACAGUUAAAGUGGACUGCAACACAUGUACUUGCCAAAGAGGAAGCUGGAAUUGCACCAACAAUUUGUGCUUUGGCACAUGCAUCAUUUAUGGGAGUGGCCAUUUCAUCACCUUUGAUGGAAAAUUCUAUGACUUUGAUGGUACUUGUGAAUAUGUGGCUACCCAGGAUUACUGUGGAAACAGAGAAUCAGAGGGAACAUUUAGUGUCAUCACAGAGAAUGUCCCAUGUGGAACCACUGGAGUCACCUGCUCAAAGGCUAUUAAAUUUUUUCUAGGGAGCACUGAACUAAAGCUGGAAGAUAAACACAUAGAAAAAAUUGAGCGGAAUACUAGUAGCUCUGUGACUUUUUGGAUUCGUGAGCCAGUUGGGCUGUACAUUGUAAUUGAAGCCAGUAAUGGUGUUAUUCUCAUCUGGGACAAGAAGACUACUAUUUUCAUCAAGCUGGCACCCUAUCAUAAAGGAAACGUCUGUGGCUUAUGUGGCAACUUUGAUGACAAGUCCAGUAAUGACUUCACAGCAAGGGACAUGGUCCAAGUAAGCAGUGCACUGGCAUUUGGAAAUUCAUGGAAAAAGGAUAGCGCAUGCCCUGAUGUGGAUGUAGACAUUGAACCCUGUGAUGUGAAACCUCAUCGGAAAUCCUGGGCAGAGAAAGAGUGCAGCCUCAUCAAAAGUGUUGUUUUUACAGAAUGUCAUAAUAAGGUGGCCCCAGAUCAAUUCUAUGAAGCUUGUGUGCACGACGCUUGUGCCUGUGACUCUGGUGGGGACUGUGAGUGCUUCUGCACUGCAGUUGCUGCCUAUGCACAAGAAUGCAUCAAAGCUGGAGCUUGCGUCUACUGGAGGACUCCUGACAUUUGCCCAAUCUUUUGUGACUACUGGAAUCCUACGGAUGUAUGUGAAUGGCACUAUGAGCCUUGCGGAAGUGACAUUGUAACAUGCAAGAUCCUUAAUCACAUUAGCACCAACUUUUCAGUGCCACACUUGGAAGGUUGCUACCCACGAUGUCCUUCAGAGACCCCGAUAUACCAUGAAGAGUUUAAUAGAUGUGUGACAGAGGAUUUGUGUGGCUGCUAUUAUGAUGACACUUACUACCCAGUUGGAUGGAUUAUACCCACAUAUGAACCCAAAGACGAGUGUGAGAAAUGUUACUGUGCCUCAACUGGAAAAGUGGAGUGUGAGCCUAUAACAGGCAGCUGUUGCUAUGAUGGCAAAGUGUACCAUGAAGGAGACUACAUUGAAGAGAGAAAUGGAUCGUUCUGUUUCACCUUAGUAUGCACAAAUGGCACUAUGAAGGUUGAUGUACGCUUUUGCACUACAACUUCAACUGUGACUCCCACAAUGACUCUUUCAACUACCUCUUCCACUACUACUACCCCUACCACAACUUCCACUACAACCUCCACUAUAAUCUCUUCAACAACUCCAUGCUUUGAACUUGUCUGCCGAUGGAGUAAAUGGUAUGAUGUCAGUUUUCCUGAAGAGGGACCGGAAGGUGGUGACUUUGAGACAUAUGAUGCCAUAAGAACUAAAGAAGGAAGCAACUUUUGUUCAGCCCCACAAGAUAUACGGUGCAGGGCUGAAAAUGCACCUGAUCAAAGUAUUGAAGAAUUGAAACAGAAAGUGGACUGUAAUGUUACUUAUGGGCUCAUUUGUAGAAACAAAGACCAGGAUCAGAGCAUCUGGACCCUCUGCUAUAAUUAUGAAAUACAAGUCGAAUGUUGUCAAAUGGAAAUUUGCAGCACUUCUACCAUAACUCCCACCACUACUCCCUCCACUCCUACCACUACCUCCAUGCCACCUACUACUACACCAACUACCACUCCUACCGCAUCUUCUACAACCAGGUCAACUACCACUCCUUCUACAACUUCAACGCCAAAUACUCCAACCACAACCACUACUACAACAGUCUCCACAACAACUUGUGCCCAUACUGAAGAAUGUGAGUGGUCCGAAUGGAUUGAUGUGAGUUACCCACUGUAUGGCCGUGAUUUCGGUGACUAUGAAACUUAUGAUAACAUCAGAGCACACAACAUCGAGAUCUGUGAGACGCCAGAAAACAUAUCAUGCCGAGCAGAGAAAUUUCCUGAUGUCUCAUUGGAGGAACUGGGACAAAAAGUGGAAUGCAACGUUUUGAAUGGACUUACGUGUAACAAUAAAGAUCAGGCUGCUACACCUGCGGUUCCAAUAGAUAUGUGUCUCAACUAUGAGAUUAGUGUAUACUGCUGCAAACCUAUAUGCUUCAUUACAACAUCAACGACAUCUCCAACCACAACUCCUUCCACUACUACCCCAACUACCACCACCACCAAAAGUACGACUACCAUCACCCCCACACCAAUUACCACCACGCCAAGCACUACUUCCACACCAUUUACCACGACACCAAGCACUACUUCCACACCAUUUACCACCACACCAAGCACUACUUCCACACCAUUUACCACCACGCCAAGCACUACUUCCACACCAUUUACCACAACACCAACUACCACUCCUAUUACUACCACCUCCACGCCAUCCACCACUACCCCAACUACCACUCCAACCACAACCUCUACAACCCCUACAAACACGCCAGCUACCACGACGUCAACUCCAAGUCCAACUACAACCAGUACCACUACAGAAACCACUCCAGUCACUACAACAACAACGACAUCUCCAACCACAACUCCUUCCACUACUACCCCAACUACCACCACCACCAAAAGUACGACUACCAUCACCCCCACACCAAGUACCACCAUGCCAAGCACUACUUCCACACCAUUUACCACAACACCAACUACCACUCCUACUACUACCACCUCCACUCCAUCCACCACUACCCCAACUACCACUCCUACCACAACCUCUACAACCCCUACAAACACGCCAACUACCACGACGCCAACUCCUACUCCAACUACAGCCAGUACCACUACAGAACCCACUCCAGGAAGCACUACAAAUCCCUGCAUCAUGUGCUCUUGGUCUGAUUGGAUUGAUACAAGCUACCCAGACUAUAAUGACAAGGAUGGUGGUGACUAUGAAACUUAUGAGAAAAUCAGAGAGAAGGGCAUAGACAUCUGUUUGUACCCAUCAAACAUUUCAUGCAGAGCAGAAAAGUUCCCUGACACUUCACUUGAGGAAUUGGGACAGACAUUGGUAUGCGAUGUUUCUGUAGGACUAAUCUGUAAAAACAAAGACCAAGUCCCUGGAAAUUUGGCACCAACAUGUCUCAAUUACCAAAUCAGUGUUUAUUGCUGCAGAGAUGUGUGUGCUACCACAUCAACAGUUUCAACAGUUUCGACUACAACACUCACUUCCAUCACCGGAAGUACAUCUAAGACUACAACAGUAACAACAACAACAAUACCUUGCACAACUGAAGAAACUGAAAUACCAUGGACCUCUUCAGGCACUACAAUUUCCAGCACAACCAAGUCUUCAACUAUCACAGGGACUGUGUCCACAGCCACAUCAUCAUCUACACCAACCCCUACUGGGACUCCAUCAACAACCACGUCAACAACUACCACUUCCACCCUGAGUACAACUACACCUAUGCCACCUACAUCAACCACAACCACCACUGAAACCCCUACAACCACAUCAACUUCUACACCAACCCCCACUUGGAUUCCAUCAACAACACCCACUACUACCACUUCCACUCCGACCCCGAGUACAACUACACCCAUACCACACCCAUCAACCACGAUCACUGAAAAUCCUACUACAACAUCAACAUCUACACCAACACCCACUCCGUCAACAACCACAUCAACUACAAUUACCACUUCCACUCCGACUCCAAGUACAACAACACCUACACCACCUACAUCAACCACAACCAGCACUGAAACCCCUACCACAACCACAUCAACAUCUACACCAACCCCCACUGGGACUCCCUCAACAACCACAUCUACUACAACUACAACUACCACCUCCACACCAACUCCAAAUACAACAACACCUACACCACCCACAUCAACUACCACUGAAACCCCUACCACAACCACAUCAACAUCUACUCCAACCCCCACUGGGACUCCCUCAACAACCACAUCAACUACAACUACCACUUCCACUCCGACUCCAGGUACAACACCUACGCCACCUACAUCAACCACCACCACCACUGAAACCCCUACCACAACCACAUCAACAUCUACACCAACCCCCACUGGGACUCCCUCAACAACCACAUCAACUACAACUACCACCUCCACUCCGACUCCAAGUACAACAACACCUACACCACCCACAUCAACCACCACCACCACUGAAACCCCUACCACAACCACAUCAACAUCUACACCAACCCCCACUUCCUCAACAACCACAUCAACUACAACUACCACUUCCACUCCGACUCCAGGUACAACAACACCUACGCCACCUACAUCAACCACCACCACCACUGAAACCCCUACCACAACCACAUCAACAUCUACACCAACCUCCACUGGGACUCCCUCAACAACCACAUCAACUACAACUACCACCUCCACUCCGACUCCAAGUACAACAACACCUACACCACCCACAUCAACUACCACCACCACUGAAACCCCUACCACAACCACAUCAACAUCUACACCAACCCCCACUUCCUCAACAACCACAUCAACUACAACUACCACUUCCACUCCGACUCCAGGUACAACAACACCUACGCCACCUACAUCAACCACCACCACCACUGAAACCCCUACCACAACCACAUCAACAUCUACACCAACCUCCACUGGGACUCCCUCAAUAACCACAUCAACUACAACUACCACCUCCACUCCGACUCCAAGUACAACAACACCUACACCACCCACAUCAACCACCACCACCACUGAAACCCCUACCACAACCACAUCAACAUCUACACCAACCUCCACUGGGACUCCCUCAACAACCACAUCAACUACAACUACCACUUCCACUCCAAGUACAACACCUACACCAUACACAUCAACCACCAUCACCAGCACUGAAUCCCCUACAACAACCACAUCAACAUCUACUCCAACCCCCACUUCCUCAACAACCACAUCAACUGCAACUACCACUUCCACUCCGACUCCAGGUACAACAACACCUACGCCACCUACAUCAACCACCACCACCACUGAAACCCCUACCACAACCACAUCAACAUCUACACCAACCUCCACUGUGACUCCCUCAACAACCACAUCAACUACAACUACCACCUCCACUCCGACUCCAAAUACAACAACACCUACACCACCCACAUCAACCACCACCACCACUGAAACCCCUACCACAACCACAUCAACAUCUACACCAACCCCCACUGGGACUCCCUCAACAACCACAUCAACUAUAACUACCACUCCGACUCCAAGUACGACACCUACACCAUCCACAUCAACCACCACCACCACCACUGAAACCCCUACCACAACCACAUCAACAUCUAUACCAACCCCCACUUCCUCAACAACCACAUCAACUACAACUACCACUUCCACUCCGACUCCAGGUACAACAACACCUACGCCACCUACAUCAACCACCACCACCACUGAAACCCCUACCACAACCACAUCAACAUCUACACCAACCUCCACUGGGACUCCCUCAACAACCACAUCAACUACAACUACCACUUCCACUCCAAGUACAACACCUACACCAUACACAUCAACCACCAUCACCAGCACUGAAUCCCCUACAACAACCACAUCAACAUCUACUCCAACCCCCACUUCCUCAACAACCACAUCAACUGCAACUACCACUUCCACUCCGACUCCAGGUACAACAACACCUACGCCACCUACAUCAACCACCACCACCACUGAAACCCCUACCACAACCACAUCAACAUCUACACCAACCUCCACUGGGACUCCCUCAACAACCACAUCAACUACAACUACCACCUCCACUCCGACUCCAAAUACAACAACACCUACACCACCCACAUCAACCACCACCACCACUGAAACCCCUACCACAACCACAUCAACAUCUACACCAACCCCCACUGGGACUCCCUCAACAACCACAUCAACUAUAACUACCACUCCGACUCCAAGUACGACACCUACACCAUCCACAUCAACCACCACCACCACCACUGAAACCCCUACCACAACCACAUCAACAUCUAUACCAACCCCCACUUCCUCAACAACCACAUCAACUACAACUACCACUUCCACUCCGACUCCAGGUACAACAACACCUACGCCACCUACAUCAACCACCACCACCACUGAAACCCCUACCACAACCACAUCAACAUCUACACCAACCUCCACUGGGACUCCCUCAACAACCACAUCAACUACAACUACCACCUCCACUCCAAUUCCAAGUACAACAACACCUACACCACCCACAUCAACCACCACCACCACUGAAACCCCUACCACAACCACAUCAACAUCUACACCAACCCCCACUUCCUCAACAACCACAUCAACUACAACUACCACUUCCACUCCGACUCCAGGUACAACAACACCUACGCCACCUACAUCAACCACCACCACCACUGAAACCCCUACCACAACCACAUCAACAUCUACACCAACCUCCACUGGGACUCCCUCAACAACCACAUCAACUACAACUACCACCUCCACUCCGACUCCAAGUACAACACCUACGCCACCUACAUCAACCACCACCACCACUAAAACCCCUACCACAACCACAUCAACAUCUACACCAACCCCCACUUCCUCAACAACCACAUCAACUACAACUACCACUUCCACUCCGACUCCAGGUACAACAACACCUACGCCACCUACAUCAACCACCACCACCACUGAAACCCCUACCACAACCACAUCAACAUCUACACCAACCUCCACUGGGACUCCCUCAACAACCACAUCAACUACAACUACCACCUCCACUCCGACUCCAAGUACAACAACACCUACACCACCUACAUCAACCAUCAUCACCAGCACUGAAACCCCUACCACAACCACAUCAACAUCUACACCAACCCCCACUUCCUCAACAACCACAUCAACUACAACUACCACUUCCACUCCGACUCCAGGCACAACAACACCUACGCCACCUACAUCAACCACCACCACCACUGAAACCCCUACCACAACCACAUCAACAUCUACACCAACCUCCACUGGGACUCCCUCAACAACCACAUCAACUACUACCACCUCCACUCCGACUCCAAGUACAACAACACCUACACCACCCACAUCAACCACCACCACCACUGAAACCCCUACCACAACCACAUCAACAUCUACACCAACACCCACUCCAUCAUCAACAACAGAGUGCUACUGUGUAAUGAAUGGAACCCGAUAUGAGAGAGGUGAAAUAAUAGAAGAAGGCAGUUAUAGAGGAGUGUGCUUUCUUGCCAACUGUUCAUGGUGGUGUGAAGUAGAGUAUUACUCUUGGAAUUGUUUGUCCACAACAACACCAACUACAGCUACAACCUCAACAGUGCCAACUACAACAGGAACUAGUACAACCAUAAGCAGCAGCACCACUACGUAUGCACCAACAAAUGCUACAGCACAAACCAAUAUGUCUGUAAUAACAGAAAGUUCUACAUCUCCAACUUCUCAUCGUGUAGAAAUAAACACAUCCUCAUCCACACCCACACCCACAUCCACACCCACAUCCACACCCACAUCCACAUCCACACCCACACCCACACCCUCUUGUAAAAAUGGGACUGUUCCACCAGGAGGCUCUUGGUGGGUUUGUGAGUGUACCUAUGCCAUAUGCAUUACAAAUGACACAUGGGAGUUGGUUACUGUAACGUGCGAGGAACCACCCGAGCCCCAGUGUUCCAAUGGGCUUGCCCCUGUGCGUGUGAUGAACAAGGAUGGAUGCUGCUGGCACUGGGAAUGUGACUGCUACUGCACUGGCUGGGGAGACCCACAUUAUAAGACAUUUGAUGGCUUCUACUACAGUUACCAAGGCAAUUGUACCUAUACCCUGGUGGAAGAGAUUAAAGAAACAAUUGACAACUUUGGAGUGUACAUUGAUAACUACCACUGUGAUCAAAGAGAGCCAGUCUCCUGCCCACGUACACUCAUUGUAAAACAUGAGACACAGGACAUACGCAUACACACGCUCAGACCAAUUCCUGUAAAAAUAGAGGUGACCAUAAAUGGGAAGACAGUGAAUUUACCUUACAAAAAAUACGGCGUGAAAGUUUAUCAGUUAGGUAUUAAUUAUGUGGUGGAAAUUCCUGAAUCGAGGAUAAACGUAACCUUCAAUGGUAUAUCCUUCACUAUUCGGAUGCCCUACGAGCUAUUUGGCAACAACACCCAGGGACAGUGUGGUACAUGCAACAAUAAUACAGCAGAUGAUUGUAGGAUGCGCAGUGGAGAUCUUGCACCUACCUGUGAAAUAAUGGCAGAUGACUGGGUUAUUGAUGAUGCCUCCAAACCACAUUGUCCUCGAAUGCCCCCAACUCUGGGACCACCAACUGUUAAACCCCUCUGCAAACCAUCUCCGCUCUGUGGACUUUUACUUGGGAGUGUUUUCAAGAAAUGCCAUGACGCUGUUGAUUAUCAAAGCUUCUAUGAAGCCUGCGUAUUUGAUAACUGCAGGAUUCCUAACCGUGGCAUGGAAUGUGCAAGUCUUCAGAUCUAUGCAUCAACGUGUGCAGACCAAGGAGUCUGCAUUGAUUGGAGAAAGUUUACCAAUGGCACAUGUCGUGUCAGCUGCCCAUCUAACAAAGUUUACACAGCAUGUGGUUCUUCUCAAGAGGAGACUUGCAAAUCAGGCUUAAUUGGAGUCAACCAAACUCAGCAAAUUGAAGGCUGCUUCUGCCCUGAAGGGACUACACUUUAUGAUGCUGGUGUGGAUGUCUGUGUGAAAACCUGUGGAUGUGUUGGACCAGAUAAUAUACCAAGGAAGUUUGGGGAGCAGUUUGAGUUUGACUGCAAGAAGUGCAGUUGCCUGGAAGGAGGCAGUGGCAUUACCUGUGAGCCCCUCAAAUGCCCAGAAACAGAUAAUGAUGAACAGUGUGAAGGGGAAGGAUUUCACAAGAUCAUUGAAGUCAAUCCUGACAACAAAUGCUGUUCUAAAACCACUUGUGUAUGCAACGCCACUGACUGCACAACACAGCCUUCUCCAUGUAAGCCAGGGUUUGAGGCCGUUACUGACACUCCUGCAGGCAGCUGCUGUCCUGUUUAUCGAUGUGAUCCCAAAGGAGUUUGUGUGGUUAACAAUAAUGAAUACAAGCCUGGUUCAGAAGUCUUAGGAGACAAGUGCCAGCAAUGUUUCUGCACAAAGCAAAGAGACAACAGUACUAAUCUGAAUAUUGUCAGUUGCAGCCCUGUCCCAUGCACUGAGACAUGUCAACCAGGAUAUUCUCUUAUACAACAGCCUGGUGACUGCUGUGGGAAAUGUGUGCAGACAAGCUGUGUUAUACAAACACAAGAUAAUGAUGUUCUCAUCUUGGCACCUGGUGAGCGACGGAGUGCUCCACAUGACAACUGCACUGUUUACAGCUGUGUGAUCAUAAACAGGCAGCUGGUCUCUUCCACCUCUUCAAUAAGCUGCCCAGCAUUUAAUGAGGAAAUGUGUCAGCCUAACACCAUUACGUAUUUGCCUAGCGGAUGCUGUAAAACAUGUAAACCCAAUGCUCAGCCAAUACCAGCGCCAUCGUGCUAUCCCACUGAAACAAAGGACUAUAUCAUUUAUGAUGGUUGCCGUUCAGCAGACCUGGUCUCUGUGACUCAGUGUGAGGGACAAUGCGGAACCUCCUCACUAUACUCAGUUGAAGCCAACUCAAUGGCGCACAAGUGCACUUGCUGCAGGGAAGCAAAAAUGAGCAUGAAGGAGAUCACACUGCUGUGCCCUGAUGGGAAGAACAAGCGGCACCGCUACCUUCAUGUGGAAACUUGUGAGUGUCUCAGUACCGAGUGUGACCAGUCACACUCAUCGAAUUAGUCCCGCAAGAGCACAGCAGAAAGUAGCACGGAAGAGUCCAAGGAUAAGGAACAGAAUGCUGUGGAGCGUGUCACAAAGGCAAUUGAUAUGUCAAAGGUCCAUUUCAUGAAGGGCUAAACAACAGGUUACAAGUGAAGCAAGAAAAAGGUUCAAGGGACUACACAGGUGGUGAUUGUUUUCAUUCAUAAUUCAGUGCUUGGCCUUAUUUUCCACAGUCCUCUUAAUAUGACUGGUUCUCAUUGUGCUUGCUUUAUUUAUUUGUGUUUUUUAAAAAUAAUUGGAGAAACGUUUUUCCAGAGUUAAAGAGAAUGGGAGGGUUUAUGUAUUGGACUUUUGAGUUAGCUUCUUUCUGCUUUGAAUAAAUA